AUGACACAAGACCAAAAGCAUGAGGCUCUACAGCCUGUUCAUCCAUUAAUGAAGGGCAAGCUUGACCCUGUUUUUGAAAAGCUCUACAACGACAACGUCGCCAACACCCCCCUCAAGCCCAUUAACCUCUCUAUCCUAAGGUCAAAAUAUUCGGUACUUUAUUCUUACGGCACAGCCCCCGCGCCAGAGGUCGCCCGUGAAUAUGAUGACCAGAUCACCACACAUGAAGGCAUCACUCUGGACGUGAGGGUCUAUGAACCUGAUACCACUGGCCCAUGGCCUGUCCAUAUCGAUUACCAUGGAGGAGGCUGGGGCCUUGGUGAUCUUAAUACCGAGAGCCACAUUUGCAAGCAUAUUUGCAAGCUCGCUGGCGUGGCUGUUAUCGACGUCGCAUAUCGACUGGUUCCGGAGAAUGCAUUUCCGUGUGGAGUGACUGACAGCUUCGCCGCUCUCAAGUACAUCCACGAGAAAGGUGCAGAGAGGUUCAACAUCGACCCAGAGAGAAUUUCUAUCGGUGGCGUCUCAGCUGGAGGUUUUAUCAGUCUUGCUUCGGGACACAUGGCGCGUGAUGCAGGGAUCCCCCUCAAGCUCAUCGCUGUGGGAACCCCGGUGAUUGAUGAUUUGAGCCAGUAUUCAUCUGCGUCGGAUUCUCCUUUCCCAUCCAUGCAAGAGAACCAACAUGCGCCUACACUCAACUGGGGGCGACUGGCAUGGUUUGACAAGCUGAAAUGGAGCUCCCUUGGAUCGACCUCUGAGCAAAUUGCAGAGAAGCGUCGGCAGCUCCCUGACAUGUUCUUCAAUCUUUUCAAGGCUAACGACUUUAACAACCUUGCAAAGACAGUCAUCUACACGGCGGGUGCAGAUCCUUUGAGAGAUGAAGGCGAGGCGUAUGGCAUGAAGCUGAUUGAGCAUGGGAAUGAAGUGACCAUGAAGAGGUUUCCGGGAGUACCCCAUCCGUUUAUGCACAUGGACAAGGAUCUCUGGCAGGCAAGAGAGUUUAUUUCACAAACAGCUGCUGCUAUUCGCGUUGCGCUCCACGAUUCAUAG